CUUCCCAGUCACCCUUGGGGCCUCCACAGUGCAGUGGUCCAUGUACAGCAGUGUCAUUCUUCCCAGGAAGACACAAGACGGAUCCUGGGAGUCCCCCAACAGAGAGCAGGCUGACAGUAGCAGGCGUCUGCUUUUCUGGCAGAAGUUCUCGUGUAUCAGCUAUGGAAAUGGAACAAGAGAAGAUGAGUGUGAGUAAGGAGCUGAGCCCAGACGCGGCCUCGUACUGCUGCUCAGCAUGUCAUGGGGACGAGGCCUGGAGCUACAGCCGCCCUGUCCGGGGUCGUGCCAAGUCUCGGAGCCUGUCGGCCUCACCUGCCCUGGGCAGCACCAAGGAGUCCAGGAGGACACGCUCUCUCCAUGGGCCCUGCCCAGUGACCACGUUUGGACCAAAGGCCUGUGUGCUACAGAACCCCCAGACCAUCAUGCACAUUCAGGACCCUGCGAGCCAGAGGUUGACAUGGAACAAGUCUCCAAAGAGUGUGCUUGUCAUCAAGAAGAUCCGGGACGCCAGCCUGCUGCAGCCCUUCAAAGAGCUGUGCGUGUACCUCAUGGAGGAGAACAACAUGAUCGUGUACGUGGAAAAGAAGGUGCUGGAAGACCCUGCCAUAGCUUGCGACGACAACUUUGGGCCUGUGAAGAAGAAGUUCUGCACGUUCCGGGAAGAUUAUGACGACAUUUCCAACCAGAUUGACUUCAUCAUCUGCCUGGGGGGAGACGGGACCCUGCUUUACGCCUCGUCGCUCUUCCAGGGCAGUGUGCCUCCAGUCAUGGCCUUCCACCUGGGCUCCCUGGGCUUUCUGACUCCCUUCAACUUUGAGAACUUUCAGUCCCAAGUGACUCAGGUGAUAGAAGGGAAUGCAGCUAUUGUUCUUCGGAGCCGGCUGAAGGUCAGGGUGGUGAAGGAGCUCAGAGGCAAGAAGAUGACCGUCCACAAUGGACUCAGUGAAAAUGGCCUGCCAGCCCCCGGCCUGGACACCGAGCUUGGGAAGCAGGCCAUGCAGUAUCAGGUCUUGAACGAAGUCGUAAUUGACAGAGGCCCCUCCUCAUACCUGUCCAACGUGGAUGUCUACCUGGACGGACACCUCAUCACCACAGUGCAGGGCGAUGGAGUCAUCGUGUCCACCCCGACCGGCAGCACAGCGUACGCAGCGGCAGCGGGAGCCUCCAUGAUCCACCCCAACGUGCCGGCUAUCAUGCUCACACCCAUCUGCCCACACUCACUGUCCUUCCGGCCCAUCGUGGUCCCUGCAGGAGUUGAGCUGAAGAUCAUGCUGUCACCAGAAGCUAGGAACACUGCAUGGGUAUCCUUGGAUGGACGGAAGCGGCAGGAGAUCCGCCACGGAGACAGCAUCACCAUCACCACCUCCCGCUACCCGCUGCCCUCCAUCUGUGUGCGAGACCCGGUGAGCGACUGGUUCGAGAGCCUGGCCCAGUGUCUGCACUGGAACGUGAGGAAGAAACAAGCCCACUUCGCAGAGGAUGAAGAGGACGGGGAGGACAGCUAGCAGCACCGGGCAGCGCCCGGCCUCGCUGUCCUACCACAUCCCACCGCGUCCCACCUGCCGCCUGCAGCAGGGGAGCCCGGUCUGCCUUUUGCCGACCAGAUCAGCUUUUUACCUUUUCUAAUCUGACUCUUUUUCAUUUCUAAAGUACAGUGAGAGCCGUGCUGGGCGCCCUGCAGCCCCCAGCAAGGCUCUUGCGAUUCCAGGUCGGGAACUUUCCAUAAAUCAGUCUUGAAAUUCAGAGGGUCGGAGAGGAUUGAUCUGUCCUUCCGUGUUGAAAUAAAUGCCUCAGCCCAGAGUCUCCUUCAGGUGCGAUGCUUCUCCCCUCCGCCCUGUGCUUCUGGGGCUCAGGGCCACCAGCGGCUCUGCUGUCCUGGCUUCUGGGGUAGCCACACGCCCCCCAGGGUCCGCUCUGAACCUCCUGCAGCAGAGCGGUGCGGCAGCUCCCGGAAGGUGUUUUAACCCUAGAGACUCUUCUGAACUUUCUCAAGUGCUUAUGUACAUAUUUUCUUGUACACACUUUUGUGUAGAUUUAGAGGGGGACCGUCCUGUAGUCCAGUGUUUACAUUGUGUCCAGCCCCGCGCUAAUGGUCCAGGGUCCAGGAGAGGAGUCGCUGCUUCUCAGGGUGGGGCCCCCUGGUUCUGAGGCCACUGUGAGGGUUCUGAGAUGAUUUCCUAAUGCGGGGACCGCGAGGCCUGUUUGAAGCAGAGCAGGAGUGGCAGCCCCGGGGCCCUGGGCCGUGCCAAGGUGUGGGGGGGGGGGGGGCCUCGUGUCUGGAGGCGCCAGCUCCCCUUCACCUGUUGACUGGCCAGAACGGGAGGCGGUGCCUUCCAAGGGAAGGUGCCCAUCCUGCCGCAGGCGGCCUCGCAGGCCUCGCGUUGGGCAGAAGGGCCUCCGGGCCUGCUCGAGCACAAGCACCUCUUCCGUGUGUCCCUUACCUCCUCUCCUCCACCCCGGGAACCUGGUAUGGCCUGGGCGGGGGACACAAGCCAGGGUGGGGCUGGGGGCCCCAGGGAGGCAGCCCACUUGUGGAGCUCGCCCCCCAGGUGGGCUGGUCUGAAGCCACCUGUGGCCAGCGAGCGCACUGGGGAGUUGGGAAGCGAAGUCACGUCGUCUCCUGUUGUUGGUGUCUUGACACGUGUUCCUUGCUGAAGGCCUUACUGCUAUUUUCAAAUCCUUUCAAUAAACAGACUUGUUUAAAACA